GGUGGAGCUGAUGAUGAGCUGUGCGCAUUUAUAUGAUAUAAAUAAUUUUAUAAUCGCGUUGUGAACUGCUCCACUGGGCUUUAAUUAAGGCCGUGAAAAUCCAAUCCAGUUAGGCCCAACCUAACAACCGACGGCUACCUCUGGUUGUAGCACACUUCCUCUAGUUCCUACUUCCAUCAUAUUCAGUUCAGCGGUCGUAUCCAACUAAACCCGCAGGCGAACCGAUCGAUCUUGAUCUUGAUCUGUCUCAUUCCCAAUUCUGGUAAAUGGUGACUCCUCAUCAAUGAAUUUCUCUUUAAGAAAAUCCAUCAGAAUUUCGAUUUUACUUGGACGUUAUUCCCCUCCUGCAAACUCUUAUGGCCAACUCUUCUCGACCACCGAGCUACUCUCUCACUAUAAGAGACAAAAACGGCGAGAAAUACGACCUAGAAGAGGGGAGGUGUGGAUGCCUCAUGCUAGCUCUCUGUCCUUUUCUCGUUUGUUUCAUUCUUCUUCUUAUAGUAGUCACCAUAGUUCUCAUUGUCAGGUUUCGUUUGCUUUGCCACAUCCCUCUUCAUUCCAUAGUGUACAAGAAACGUUGCUAAAUAAAAUUAUGUGUGUUUCAAUUUCUUCAUUGAAAAAUCUGAAUUCACCAGGGAAAGUUUUGGAUUUGAAUUAUAAGGGUUUUUCUAGUGUUAGUCAUGAUAGUUCGGAUUUUGAUGAUGACGUGGAAUCAGAUGUUAAUGUUGGAAGUGAUAAUGGAAGUUUUAAUGGUAAGUGUAGCCUGGACCCGAAGGAAGUAGAGAGGGUAUGCAAGGUGAUUGAUGAAUUGUUUGCUUUGGAUCGAAACAUGGAGGCGGUUCUUGACGAAUGUGGGAUCAAUUUAUCUCAUGAUUUAGUCAUAGAAGUGUUAGAACGUUUUCGUCAUGCCAGAAAACCAGCCUUUCGGUUCUUCUGUUGGGCAGGAGAGAAGCCAGGAUUUUCACAUGAUUCCAGGACUUACAAUGCAAUGAUGAAUAUAUUAGGGAAGACCAGACAGUUUGAGACAAUGGUGUCCAUGCUUGAAGAAAUGGGCAGAAAAAAUCUUUUGAUGAUGGACACAUUUAAGAUUGCUAUGAAUGCUUUUGCUGCCGCCAAGGAGAGGAAGAAAGCAGUUGCAAUAUUUGAGUUGAUGAAGAAGUAUAAAUAUAAAGCAGGUGUUGAUACUAUCAAUUUUUUGCUUGAUAACAUUGGAAGGGCAAAGCUUGGUAAAGAAGCACAGUUUCUUUUUAACAAGUUGAAAGAUAGGUUUACACCAAAUUUGAUGACAUAUACGGUGUUACUCAAUGGAUGGUGUAGAGUGAAGAACUUGAUGGAGGCAGGGAGAGUGUGGAAUGAUAUGAUUGAUAAGGGAUUUAAGCCUGACAUUGUUGCCCAUAAUGUUAUGCUUUUAGGGUUGUUGCGGAGUAAGAAGAGAUCUGAUUCAAUCAAGUUGUUUGAGAUAAUGAAAGCCAAGGGUCCUUCACCUAAUGUCCACAGCUAUACAAUCAUGAUCCGGGAUUUUUGCAAGCAAAGGAAAAUGAAAGAAGCAGUGGAGUAUUUUGAUGCAAUGCUUAAAUCUGGGUGUCUGCCAGAUGCUGCAGUUUACACCUGUUUGAUAACAGGAUUUGGGUCUCAGAAGAGGAUGGACCUGGUUUUUGAAUUGUUACAAGAGAUGCAGGAAAAUGGUUAUCCACCUGAUGCACGCACCUACAAUGCAUUAAUCAAACUGAUGACAAGUCAAAGAAUGCCAAAUGACGCAGUGAGGAUAUACAAGAAGAUGAUUCAAAGUGGCAAAGAACCAACCAUCCACACUUACAAUAUGAUCAUGAAAUCCUACUUUCAAAUGAGAAACUAUGAAAUGGGUCAUGCAGUUUGGAAUGAGAUGAUUAGGAGGGGGUGUUGCCCUGAUGACAAUUCCUAUACUGUUUUCAUUGGAGGGCUAAUUAGACAGGGACGAUCAGGUGAGGCGUGUAAGUUUCUGAAAGAGAUGAUUGAGAAAGGAAUGAAGGUUCCACAACUUGACUACAACAAGUUAGCAGCAGACUUAUCCAAAGUUGGGAAACCUGAUGUACUUGAAGAAUUUUCUCAAAAAAUGAAAUUCUCUGGUACAUUUGAUGUCUCCAAUGUCUUCGCUAGGUGGGCUGAGAUGAUAAAGAAUAAGAGAAGGGAUCUUAUUAGAACUGAGUGACAGUGCUGUUGACUUAUUUGUUAGCGGAUCACUGGUGCUCAGAUUUUGAGACACAGACCCAUGGUAGUGUUAACUGAGUGCAUUACUUCAUCCAGGUUUAAUUAGCCAGUUUGGUUAACCGUUGCUGCUGUAGCUUAUCGAUUAUUUUCGCACUGAUUUUGUAUAUUUGAUUUGUUAAUUUAUCCUGUAUUCUUGAUUCGAUUCUUUGUUACUGAUCUGUUUUCUUCUGUA